GAAACUCAAUCAUCUUUUUCAAACAAUCAUUAUUAAUGAAAGGAAUUUGGGUGAAACUCACUGUAACAAUUAUUGUAAUACUGGAAGCUAUCACCUUAAAAGAAGUAAAUGUUUCGUGGAAGAAGCCAAAGAUCCUCUCUGCAAGCAACAACGAACUUGUGAUGGUUUGCUAACCCAUUGCCGCCGUAUAAGCGCGGCAAAAGUUUGCUUACCGGAAAAUAAAUGUACCAGUGAUCGGAGAUAUGAAUAACUUAUCGAUGAAGACAAUUUAUUAAAGGGGAAGAAAAAUGGAGAUUGUCCAGGACAAUCAGUUCAGCUCUCAACGCAUAUUUACGAGGGCUCUCAGGGGAACAGAAAAGAUAUUGGUAGAUGUGAUUGGUGCAUGUGCAGAUGUUAUGAUCCGAAACCUCAUUCGGACAACAAAUUCAGUGUAAAAUUGAAUAAAGCAAGAUAUCAACACAAUUUUGUCGUCACUGGAGCCCGGUUUGUAAAAGAUGACCACGUGAUGUAUAUUCAGUUACAAGAAGGGAGAUUACAAGCUGGAGGAGUUAUUGACGAAAGAACCUUAAAUUGGGCAUCUUAUUGGGAAUCGCCACAGGAACUCUUUGUAACGGAUGGAGAUCAUCACCAUGAUAUCAAUUUAGACGAUCUACAAGCUCCUGAGGGUCAUGUUAUUGUAGGCGUAGGACUAAAAGAAAUAAAACGUAAUUACGUAAAAAUGUUGGGUUUGCAAAUUUUAACUAAACCAGUUAAUUUGACCUCUGGCAAAUUGUUAGGUAGUCCAACUAAACAUAUGGUUUUCAAACCGUCUUGGUCAAACGACAAAGAAAUGAAGAUAAAAGAAUAUGACAUACCUACCAAUUCAAUAGCAAAAUCUGCCAACAUAUCAUAACCUGGUCAAUUCGUACGAUUACAACUUAGUGGAUUCGAUAGCGAUGUAGGACAAAAUACAAUUCCGUUUUUUGACAAACACCAGCCACAACUAGUCCAUCUGCAUUGGUAUCUGGCCUUGGGCUUUAUCACAAAUAUAGACAAAAUAGUGGAGGAUUUGUUGGUAUCAAAUUAAUUACUUUCGAUUACGAACCACACCUGGGUCCAGAUCUAUAAAAUACGACAACAUUUUUAAAUUAAUAGAUCAAGUAUGUUAUUACGAAAAUAAUUGUAUAUACUAAGCAGUUAUAAAAUUUAUAUGACCAAACAUGCACUAAUAAAAAAACGAACGGUAUUUUACAGAAUUAUGAGGAAACCUUAAAAUCCUUACAUUAUAAAGAUUUCCUUUUUAUUAUCGGUACAUAUCAUGAAUUGCCAUACAACUAGAAACAGUACCGCCCAUUGCAAUACAUUUAUUGGUGAUUAAAAGGUUUUUUGACUGAGCAGCCCGAAAGUAGAAAUUUCCGGAUGGACCUGCCAAUGCUAUUCAGCCAGUACGAUCUUUGUAUCUACUAGUUCAAUCUCUCUGGUAGAAAUGCAAAUUGUAUCUAGUUAAAAAGGUGACAAAAAAGGAAAUCAUGAUAAUCUUAUAUCUUAUCUAUCUAAGUUCCUUGGACAUUUUGAAAAUUUCAACUUCUAGCAAGUUUGAUAAUACGAUAACCUCUAUUUCUCCUUUUUAUAAGUUUAUAAGUUUUAAAUUAAUCAUGUGUAGAACUAUU